AUGCUUAGACUUUCUCGUACUUUCACUCGCUUACCAAAGGCAUGUGUCUCUUCAAGGCUCAAUACUUCUCGCAGAAUGGCGACUAGCAUUGCUCAAAGUACAUCUUGGAAAGCAAACGCUGGCAAGCAUGUAACCUUGACAGCCCUCGGGGCAGGUUUGACUACUGCAGGCUACUUGGCUUUCUCUAAUCCUGUUUAUUCUGAGGCUCCUGCGUAUGCUGGCACUGUUGAGGACCCAGCAACAAAUCUCGUAUUCCCCAUCAACCUCUAUACUGACAAUGAAUGGAAGAGACUCAUCGGUUUGGGUGUGAGAGCAGUGACAUUCAUCAACAUGAAUGUAUAUGUCGUUGGGAUGUACAUGAAGGGCGAGGAUAUUGGAGAAUUGAGAAAAUUAGACGGCUGGAAGAACUUUGACAAGAGUAAAUUCUUGCAAGAUACUGGCUUGGCAGAGCAGUUUUUGGAUCAGCCUUAUGCCUUGAGCAUUCGGUUAGUCCCUACCCGUGCAACAAAUACCCAACAUCUCCGUGAUGGAUUUCUACGUCUUUUGAUGCAACGCAUGAAAGAUCAAGACAUGUCUGAGGAUGAAGAGAGAGAGGUUUUGAAGGCAAUUCAGGAAUUUAAGUCUAAUUUUGUCAGUAUGAGAGUGAAGAAGGAUUCGGAAUUCAUCUUUACAAAGACCAAGGAAGGAGGUCUCAAAUUAGUUUAUGAAGGAAAGGACUUUGGUACUGUUCAAAACCCCUGGUUAGCCAAGAACUUCUUCAUGGCUUACUUGAAUCCCAAAGCUCCCUCAAGCGAGGCAGCUUUGCAUGACAUUGCUGAUGGUUUUGAGAGACUGAUGAAAGAGAAUUAA